UUAUGACAAUCAAAUUUGAUAUUUAGAAGAACUUUUGAGAACACAAAUAAAAAACCUUUGUUACUAAUAGAGAGAUAUGAGAUGAAAUUAGUCUUAAAUCUAAAAGCCCCUUCCACUAAAGGCUAGUAAUUUUGGCUUUAUAUCGAACCCCAACCCUUUGUGUGAUAUUUUUUUGCCCCCUAUUGUACUUGUUCUCUGUGUGACGUUUGGUUACGAAGCCGGAAUCUCUACACCCUGCACAUUGUUCAUCUCCUCCGUCGACCUCCCUAUUGCCUCCGCCCUUCUCCGCCCAUUCUGUUCCCGUUUUUCUGAUCUCAUCGGUGGCCAUUAUUGUGUGUUGUUGACUGGAUGAAAUUGGCAAAUUUGCUUCUAGUGGUUCAACAAUCUUGAAUUUGAUACAUGAAAAUGUCACCAUUAUCUGAACUCCUUAUCGCUGGAGCUUUGUAGAAAUAUACAACAUUCUCUUUUAAUGUUAAUACAAAGUUCUCUUAGUUCAGUUGAAGCUGGUCUAUGUAAUGAAUAUAAUGAUGGGGAAAAUUUUCAAUGUGACGGGAUACCUGGUGGUGAAACAUGGCAGGUUUGUCUGAAAUGCAACAAGUACUCUAUUGACUGGAGUAAAAAAGCUAAUCCAAUGGAAGAGGAUAGAAGGAAUGCUGAUGAUCCUUACAACUCAAACUGUGUAAGAAGCUCUGGUCAACCAUCAACUGCAAGUAUAAUGACUGAAAAGACUGCACCAAAUAUUGUAUACAGGAGAAAAAAGCUACGCAAGGGAUCAACUGCCCCUCUUUUCAAGCUUGGGCCAACUGAUGUGACAAUUGCCAAUAUCCCUUCAGUCAUAAGUUCCUCUUUGCAUUUAUCAUCAGGCGAGGAUCAAACAACUGAUUUUGUAGUUAGGCAUCAAAUUGAAUUGGUCAAAGAACCUACUCUGCCUUCUGUCUUACUUGCAGAAGCAGCCAAAGAUAUCACACAGAAAAAAUUAGGUAUUGGCAGUGUAAAUGAUAGUUGUUCCUCUUCAAAGUCAAAUAUGGCACUUGUGUCAGGUUCCUUAGAUACUGAGAUGGAUAACUCUGGCGAAUGCUCUUCCUCCGGUGUAAUAGGAAUGGAUGCUGCAAGUGAAGAUUUAACAGAAAAAGAGUUCUGCGUUAAUAUUUUAAGAAGCCACGGACUUCUUAGAGGAGAUACUCUUAGAGAUAAUGUGGUUUCCGUUGAAGAUGCUGUUACCAUUGGUAAUAACUACUGUUCCAGGUCAUGCAAAAUAUGUGGUCAUUUGGACAGUUCAGUGAAAAUGCUUUUAUGUGAUCAUUGUGAAGAUUCAUAUCAUCCAUAUUGCUACAAUUCACGUUUGAAAAAAAUACCAAUUGAUGAGUGGUUUUGUCAUCCGUGUCUUAAUAAAAGGCAGAAAAUUCUUAAGGAGACAAUUAUCAAAUCACCAGGCAUCAAUAGUGAAAUGAGGAAAUGUAGAACUGUCUCCAUUAAGGGUGAAAUGAAUCCCAUACUGUUGAUGUUGAGAGACACUGAGCGAUAUACAAGUGGUGUGCGAGUCGGUAAAGGUUUUCAAGCUGCAGUACCUGACUGGUCAAGCCCUGUAAAAAGUGAUGAAGACGACUUUCCAGAACCAUUGGAAAUUAAUCCUUCAGAGUUUUAUAGAACGCAGGAAGAAAAAAUGAGAAAUCCAAUUAGAGUCACCAUUGGCAAUUGGCUUCAAUGCCAGGAAGUUAUAGAUAAAACUAGCGAAACAAUAUGUGGAAAAUGGCGCAGGGCUCCACUAUUUGAAGUUCAAACCAAUGGCUGGGAGUGCUUCUGUGCUAUUCAUUGGGAUCCAUAUCACGCUGAUUGUUCUGUACCUCAGGAGGUGGAGACAGAUGAAAUUCAAAAGCAACUGAAGUAUAUAGAAAUGCUGAGACCGCGACUUGCUGCUAAAAAGAGAAAAUUAGAUUGCACAAAUAAAGGUGAUUGAAGAAUCCUUAGUGGUGAGAAAUCUGGAUUUUGUUGUAUAUUGAAAAAUCAUGUCAUACAAACCCAAAUUGUAUGUGUUCCAUGUCACCGAGUGGCAUUUUGUAUUAACAGUGUGACAAGAUAUGGGACAAUAUUUUUUCA